GAGACUAACGAGUUCGAUGGGUGAUGCUCAGUUGCUAGUUUGCGAUUCGUUUAGUCAUGAGAGCGAAGGCAGUGAGGAAACUCAGUUGAGACUCGACCUGAUUAGAUUUCCAAGACCGGUGACUGUAAGUGAGCUGAGAGUUAUUCCGAAUGGCUGUCCUAUGCAUCCACAAUUGACAAUAGCGACCAAAGUUGGUAAAACAGCACCGUCAUCUUUUAAGUUGGAGAUUUUUGUGAAGAAUUUGAAUCAACCCUCAGUUGCUGUUAUGGAGAAAUUCGGAGUGUUAGAAUAUGACGAAGCAAGUAGAUUUCGAAUCAAGUCAAAAGAAGAUAUUCCUACUGAUGCUGUGGUGCUGCGUGGAUGGUAUGCAAACAUCUCAGUAGCUAUUUAUGGCAGGCAGACUGAAGUAACAGCUCUGGAGAAUGAGGCAAGCAAGGCACAACAUUCUGAAGUCAGUCCUACUAAAGCUUUGUUAGUCAUCUCACCUAAAUCUACACGGAAGAGCCCAUCGCCUAUGGUAGGAAUACAGACCGAGAUCACCAAGCCGAUUGUUUUGGAUGAGGCAACGGGAGGUGAUGUUGAUCAAUUUGACAGAAAGGCAAUUGAAGAGACGGCUAUAGGAGAUUUUGAACCGAUUGCAUCGCCCGAGCAUGACGACGACUUUGAGGAAAUGGCGGGUGGACGUCAAUUAAAGGCCAAGGAGUAUGAAGCAAUUGAAAGUGAUGAGGACAUUCCUGAUGAAAUUGAUAUUGCUGAUUUCGGGCAAGAUGGAGAUGUUGACUUCAAUGUGUACAGUGAGGAUGCAUGGAUGUCAGUGUCGGUUAGCUUUAAUCCAUACCAGUGUGAUCUGCUGCCAUUACAGUCUAUGUCUCUUCCUUACUGUUCUGCAUACGAACUUGCAUUGCAGAAGCUGCAAGAGACGACAGAACAAACUGCUCUCCCAGAGAAGGCACAGCAGUUACUUGACAGCAUAUGUGACAUGAAGGCAAUGGAUUUUUCACCAAGAUGGGUAGCUGGUUUAGAAGACAUUCUGUCAUUGCUUGAAGAUGGGCUGGCCAGUUUGGUGUUUCAGAAGCCUGAUGAAGGAAUAUGUUCUCUGCUGGUGGAGUGGACUGUUCAAGCUCUCGAUAUUGUUAUAGCUAGAAAGCAACCUGUUGCUGUAAAUAUUCGCCAGCUGAAGGCGGGUAUGGCCAUGGUGACUGCUCUUAGCAGGUGUGGAGAUAACUUUCCAGAACUUCUUACAAAUACUGGUGUCAUGGAGCAGCUGUGUCAUCUACUUGAAGAGCCAUUUAUGGCUACCACCAUGAAGCUUGCAGCUAUUACAGCUAUUGACGGUGUGACAAACUUUGCAGUAGGAAUGGAGAUGUUUCUGGGCUGGCAUGAGAGUGGAGACGUAACGGAAGGACGAACUUUAUACCAACGAUUAGUUGAAUUGUUGCUGACAAAGCAGACUCCCCGUGUUGUGACUGCGGGAGCUGCUUUGUUGCAGAAAGUCAACAUUUAUGAGUGUCUAGCAACUCUACAACAGACUGUAGACAGAUGGACAUCUGCUUCUAUACCAGACUCAACUGUGGUUUCUCCACAAGAAACAUGGAAGACAGCAUGGAUGGACAACACAGGUGUAGAUCAGGUCAAACAGGACGAAAAUGACAAUUGCAGCGGUGACGUACAGGAAGAGCCUACAGUGAAGGAUGAGGAUGACCCAGACUCAGAUCAUGUUCGGGCAGUUGGUCACACCCAACAAAUGGAUGGCUCUGAAUCUGAAGACACAAUAGUAGUAGUGGCAGACGAGCCGAUGGAUACUGGCAAUGACAUGGUUGAAACUGGUGAUCAGUUAAAGAAGACAGUAUCAUUUAAUGAACUAGAUGGCGACAUGAAACCAAUGAUGACUGAAUCUGCAGUCUUACCUUAUGAUGUGGAAACGAUCGUUGAAUGUUUGACUAACCUGUUGACAGCGGUCAAAAAUGCUGCAGACACGGUUCAAUUACCAGCAAACUGUUUACCAAUGAAAUCGAAAUUUUUGGAAGUACCCAAACAAGAUCCGUAUCCCAACAUAUCAAGACUUUUCAAAUCGCGGCGUCUCAUGGAGGUGUUAUUGGUGUUGGUAUCAUCUCCUCAUUUGGUGAAUCAUGCAGCCAUCUUUUCUGCUGUUCGUGACUUAUUACUGUUUCUCAUUGGAUUUCAAGAUGGUUUGUUAUACUUGGCAUCUGACAGUGGAACAGCAAAUGAGAUUAUACGAGUGCUGACACAAGCAACGGAGGAGGAUAUCCCCUAUACCAGAGCUCCUACACUCAGUGAACUGUUUAAAGAGGGAGGUAUUGUCAACUGCACAGCACAGUGUUUGGGGCUGCUUCUUAUCUACUACUUGCAGGCACUUCAAGCUGUUGAUCUAAUUACAUAUUCAUCAAAGGAAAACUCUGGUGACCUUGACUCAGCUGAUGUCUUAUCAACUCUUCACACGUUGUAUUCGAUGACCUUUACUGCUAUUGGUAAAGAGGCAGUUGUUUCUGUUCUUAGUUGGGUGGAUAACAUCAAGUGCUUGCUACCGUUUGUUGAGCAGCAAGGUAACAGUGAGCAUGAUGAUAAAGUAAAGAAGAGCGUUUCAAGCAGAUAUGCGGCAGUUUUGAUUUUGCUAACUGUGCAAGGCAAUGGUGAUGGGCUCCUGCUGGAGAGGUAUGGUGAUAGACUACUAGCCUUAAGUGCUGGAGAGCACAACAAUCUUUCUCUCACAGACUUGGCCGAUUGGAUGAGUCCUUUGAAAUGCCUUGCUAAUGUUGGAGUCAAGGGUCCUAUUCCAGCAUUGGUAGAACAGUUGCAAAUACAAGUUGAAGAUCUCAGUACCACCAAAAUUUUGAGUGAACUGCCUGCUGUUAUAACUAUUCUUAGAUUACUGAAAUAUUAUGGAUGUCCUUCUUCUGAUUUGAAUGGUGAGCCGAGUGACUUGAAGUGGAGUGUAGCGACAAUUGCCCUCUUUUCGGCUAAUGCAAUGGAAGCAAUCAUACGAUUUCUACAGAAGUUGAAUGCAGGUCUUACACGACCUAGGAGGCAAGGACAACUUACGGCUUCUCAAAACGGGACACUUGUGUUUGCCACUGCUCAACCAUUGUUGUUGCUAGUCAAAACCAUGCUUUCCAAGUUGUUUGAUACUUCAGCUGAGUUUCGUGAUUCACGAUUGCUGUCUGGUCUGUUUGGUCUACAUGUUAUUCUUUGUUCUGUAAUGCCGGCUGGCUCAUUAGCUUCAGUGGCACAAGAGGUCCACACAGACAUAGUUGAAAUCAUUUCACUGUUUGCAAGUCCUUCACUUUCUAAGGCUGUCAGCGAUGAUAUUUCAAAGACAUGUUGGUGUCUCAUGCUUCAAGAGCUGCUGAAACACACACUAGAAAUACCUCAGAAUUUCUAUAGUGGAUUGGUGUUAUUAUCAGAGCUGCUGCCACUGCCACUGCCUUUGCACACAGAGCAGGAAUUAUCAGAUAAGGAAAAGGAGCGAUUAGUGCACUAUCGACAUUUGUGGGCAAUUCAUAUACUUGGGGUUCAAUCACGAUUGGAGGAUGUACUUACUGCUUUGACUGAGUCGACUUGUCCCACUUUGAUGCAAGUAUUUAGGAGAGUUACUUGUCAAGUUGCUGAUUUGUCAGGAAUUACUGCCCAAAUGAUAACAAGGUUGUUUAUGACAACAGCAGAUGAGAGGCUAGCUGGAGAAGGGGAAGCAAAGCUUAGUCCAGCCAAACCAUUAGAAAUUCUUUCAGACUUGAUAACGAUGGCAAGUUUUAAAGCAGGAGUAUUGGACUGUCUGCAGAGUGAUGCUGAUUUGUUGCUGCCUAAACUUCUUGCACAACUCAACUGUAACAGUGAUGAUGGAACCAAGAACGACAAGAUGAAUAGCCAUGCUGUGUAUUUUCUGCAAUCUCUUUGCGAUGCAUACAUUAAUUUGGCGUCUGGUUUGAAUAUGAAUUCACAACAGUUAUGUGACAGCAUACCUGAUGCUUCUUCAUUAAGCUUAGUAUGUGAAGCACUUGUUGAACAUCUGACUGUCAGUGGUGCGUCUCUACAUACUCAACUGUCUGCCAUUAGAAUUGCAAUUGGGCUAGCAGAACACGAGUGUGGGUUUACUCAUCUUGCAAAAUGUCUUGAUGGUGACAAUGAAACAUUUUCCUCUUUCUUAAACUCUCUCGUUCAAAAACUUGAAGGCUUGUCUGAUUCUUUGUCUGAGGAGCUGUCUGAUUCUUCUUCUCGGGUGCUGUCUGCAGUUGGUGCUGUAUUAGAACUGAUUCAUGUUUUAGGAAGUAAACCUGUAAAAGAAACUAUACUAGACUUAGAGGGAGAAGAUGAAAUAGUUGAUAGUCAACCAGCAUUGAGGACAUCGUAUCUGAAACCUGUACAACUUAGAGUUUUGUUAAGUUGGGCAGCUGAUGGUCAGGAACAUGAAGAGCAUGUUCUGUUGUGCCUCAUGAAAAAGAUUGGAGAACUCGAUGUUGAGGAAGAGCACAGUGAUUUGCUAAAGCAGUUCAAUGCUGUCAUAGCAUUAUUAAAAUCAUCAGAAACAGAGGAUGAUCAGCCAAUUGAGAAUGAUAAAGAAACAAUUGCCCAACUUCCUGGUUCUCGUUCUAUCUCUGAACAGUUUGCAGAAAGAACCAUUGUUGUUCGUCAAGUAGCAGAUGAAAGGCCUGAUCUUGACUUUUGGUUUGGUGCUUUUGCUCCUAUCAGUGAAAGUCCAGAACCAUACAUGGUCAAAUGCAAUCUGGAAGAGUUAGCUCAAAAGUGUUGUGGGGAUUUCUCUUUGAAAGAUGAAAUUGAAAAAUGGGUUGUGAAAUCACCACCUCAAUCUCCUACAAGAGAUAAGAAAGACAAAAGUAAACGGAAAGUAGAUCCUUUGAUAGCUGAAAGUGUGGCUAAACGACCACGCCCAUCUGACACAAUGAUGUUCACUGGUCGAGGUUAUGGCGGCCCACGUCGUGGUAAAGAUUUCUUUCGUUUGAGGCAGCAGAACACCAGCCGACCACCAUCAAUGCAUGUUGAUGAUUUCACAGCAAUCGACAAUUCGCUCAAGCCCAGAAAAAUGGACAACAGAGCAAGAGGACACAAAUGGAUGUCAGGGCAACAAGCUGCGCAUCCUUACAUGGGUAGAGGGACAGGAGAUUAUGGCCAAAGGUGGAUGGAAGGACACAGAGGACCCGCAGAUGUAUGGGGCUACAGACCAGCCGGUUAUCCUACCAGAGGACCUGGAUGGGCACCCCACUAUCAUGGGGAUCAGUAUGGACGUCCUGGACAGUGGCAACCCGGGAAAGAUGACAGGAGAUUUGGAGUCGCACCGGGAAUGUACGGCCAUAUGACAGCCGGUUGGCAAAAGAGAGGACAUGACCGUGGGUUUGGUCGUUGACCUACUGACCUUUCACAUGUGACAGGUCUUAUGAUGUAGUAGGUGUGAUUGUCAUGCGCCAUGCGUCUGAAUGUGCAUGCGCCAUGCGUCUGAAUGUAAAUAAGUACACUAUUUGGAAUGCUAUACAUACAGCACUCCAAAUUUUAUUGAUUAUAACUUUGUACUCUAAAGUUUGUUGAUACGCGAGAUCUAAAUAAUCUAGUUUCGAACUCCUGUUGAAAGUAGGCGGGAGUGAAAGGGGUGGAAUGCUGUCAAUGUGUAGACGACGAAGGACGAAACCGACGAUGUGUGGUAAAACCUAUAUGCAUAUAUAGAAUGAAACAUAAA